UAGAUUUGGAACUUGUUGGAGUGACAAACAAUUCAAAUGCAGAAAAUGGAGAGCCUUGGAAGUAAUUCCAUUUCCAAUAGUAGUGGGAGGCUGUCAACGGAGGAGAACGACGAUGAGGAGAUUUCGAGGUUGGCAAUAUCGGCAUACCACGCUAAAGAGGAAGAGAUCGAGAGGAAGAAGAUGGAGGUUAAGGAGAAAGUUGAACUUCAGUUGGGUCGUGCUGGGGAAGAAACUAGGCGUCUCGCGCAGAUUUGGGAAGAGCUGGAAGUGAUGGGAGAUCCCAUGAGGAGGGAACUUGCAAAUGUAAGGAAGAAAAUCGACAUGGCUAAUCGAGAGCUGAAGCCGCUGGGACUGAGCUGCCAGAGGAAGGUGCAAUCUAGCAUUUUACACCAAUAUAAACAUUCGAUCAGGCAUCUACUCUGCUGGCAUUAUAUGUAUAUAUUCUUGAAAAUUAGAAGAAAAAUAAACAUCAUCUUAUCUGUCAAUAAACAGGAAAAAGAAUAUCAAGAAGCCCUGGAAAGCUUCAAUGAAAAGAACAAAGAAAAGGCUCGACUUCUGUUGACCGAGAGUGAGAAGCUGAGGAUGCAGAAGCUAGAGAAGCUGAGCAAGAACAUAGAACCAACACUCUGA